CCCGAGUCCUCGAGAGCCGAGAUCUUGGCUGCCAGACUGCUGGCAGCAGAUCCGGCAAGGGGUUCCGAUGCGAGCGAUGAACGCGUUCGUGUGGCAAGAUUCCGCAAAGUCGGGUACGGAGACGUCACAGGUCGGCUGACGCUGGGAUCUCCCGACUGUGAAGGAUCGGAAUUUUCGGGAGUGCGUCGAAGUGGGGGCUCCGGCCGUGAUUUCGUGGGCGCAAGCGAGGACUGGGCGGGAGCGACCGAUUUCUGCUCCGUCGAGUGUGCUGAGUCACUGGGUGAAGCAGAAUGGCUGGUCGGGGCAUCGGGCGACGACGGACAUCCAUUCAGACGCGUGCUAACGGAUCUAAAAGUGCACAAUAACGGAUGGAAAAUCAGUAGACGCCAACGUGACUAG